GCGAGGCUCAAGAGCGCGUGGGCGGUGCAGUGAGCGGUGGGAGCAGGAGGAGGGGUGGUGGUGGUGGGGGCUGUCCGUGUCCACGCUCACUCACUGGUGGCAUUGUCAUGGAAACUAGACCACCGCCUCGCUAUUGUCUCGCGCUCUGCCAAGUUUAUUAUAAACACCGGGCGAGCCGCAGCGCGCUGUCAAACGGAGCGCGAGCGCAGAGCGAACUGCAGUCCAGGGAGGAGUAGAAGAAGAAGAAGACGAAGAAGAAGAAGAAGAGACGGACACACAGAGAGUAAACCAGGAGAAAGUGAAGGAGGAGAGUGAAACUGUAGAGAGAAAAGAGAAAACGUCUGGAUUAUUUACCGUGAAAAUACGAAAAACAGCCGCGUGACAGUGACAUAUAAACCACACGACUGGCAGGAGUUUUGGAGAGACCAACCUACAGUCCGUGGAAAUACUGGAGACACAGACCAACUCUGAACAUCUGAACAACAUCCACUCUGUCUCCUAAAAUCAAACGCAGCUGCAGACACACCUGAAUACGCUCUGACUCAGAGUUCACCUCGUCGUGUUUGCAGACCGGUGUCCGCACCGGCUGACCUCCAUGUAUAAGAUGGAUUACUCCUACCUGAACUCCUAUGACUCCUGCAUGGCGGCCAUGGAAGCAUCGGCCUACGCGGACUUCAGCUCCUGCAGCCAGGCCAGCUCCUUCCAGUACAACCCGAUCCGGAGCGGACCCUUCUCCAACCCGGGCUGCACUCCGCUCAGCACGGCCAGUUGCACCCUGGGAGCCCUGCGGGAGCAUCAACCCACACCUUACUCCUCAGUCCCUUACAAGUUUUUCUCGGACCCCUCCGGCCUGAACGAGAAGCGGAAGCAGCGGCGCAUCAGGACCACCUUCACUAGCUCGCAGCUGAAGGAGCUGGAGCGGGUCUUUGCCGAGACUCACUACCCGGACAUCUACACUCGAGAGGAGUUGGCACUGAAGAUAGACCUGACCGAGGCCCGGGUACAGGUGUGGUUUCAGAACAGGCGUGCCAAGUUUCGUAAACAGGAGCGUGCAGCCAAUGCCAAAGCCAACAGCUCUGGUGGCACCACGGGCAGCAGCACCACCAGCAGCAGCUCUGGAGGGAAGAAGGGCGGAGAGCCGAGAUCUUCAUCAGAUGAUGACGAGUCCAAAGAAUCCACCUGCAGCCCCACACCUGACAGCACGGCCUCCCUGCCGGGCUCAGCCAAUGGGAACUUGGGCAGCCCUGCCAGCCUGAGCCCCAGUCCUGCUCCUGCCAAUAGCGGCUACGCUAACACCUCCAGCUCUCCAGUCCUCCAGGGGUUGAAGCCGCCCAGCUGGUCCAGCCUGGGGCCGUCCAACCCGGCCGUGGCCCAGCCCGCUGUCCAGACUCAGGAGAUUCUGAAGGCCUGGCAGCCGGCGGACAGUAUGACCGGGCCCUUUGCUGGAGUCCUGUCCUCCUUCCACAGAAAACCCAACCCCACCAUCAAGACAAACCUGUUCUGAAGCACAGAGGAAGAGAAAAAGAAAGAGAGACAUUAUCCGGUCCACUGGAACAGUGAGGAGUUUCUAGCUUUUGAUGAGAGAGUCAGGACUUGCCCAUUAUGACGCUGAAUUCACUGGUGUACUCUGCUGUAGUUCAGCGAGGCCCUCAGUUCUUCUCUAACAAACUAUCCUGUCAAACUGAUUCAAAACUCAGAUAAUAAAGUCAAAAGUUUGUCAACAUCUCUCUCCCCAAAAUAUUAUGCAACUGUGCACAUUAUACUUGCAAAACUCUUCCUGGACAUAGACAGUUUCCUUCCUGCAAUGACCUAAACUCUUCACUCUCAUCCUCACAUCAGAGCUGCUCAUACAGUUUGACCAGAAAUCACUCAUCCUCAGAGAAAACUAAAAGACAGAGCGUUGUCAGCUCUAUUUAAUGAUGUAAAACUCUUCAUGUACAGGCCCUUAAACUGUUCCCUGACUAAAAUCCUCAACUGACAAAAGGAUAUUUGUGUGUCCAGCCCAAAUUUAUACAAAAUUUCUUUGACCCAUGCACACAUCUGAUAUACAUACACUCACAUUCCCACACUCUCUACAUCGCAACACACCCUGUCAAGCACUUGGACAGCCAUAGCAGUGGCUCCGAUGAGCAUGGCGGUCAGGUACGGGUUUAAAGCAGAAAUCUAAACAUCACGCUCCAGACUCUGCCGAAGAAGCAAAACAAAACAAACUUUCACCCUCAAGCACAACUUCCUCUAAGCCCACUGACACACAGACACCCACCAAAAGGAACAGCCCCCCUCCCCCCUUAAAUCUCUUUACCGAGCAAAACAGGGCGACCCAAAAUCCAAUUAGAGCAGCCGGGUCCAGACUAGACACCUCCCCAGUUCAAUUCAUCCCCUCCUCCUUCUUUACUGUAUCAAGUCCUGACUCCCCCACUCUCAUUCUCAAUGUGACCCCUCCUACUGGCUUUAUGGUCCCAUCAUGCCUUUCUCUGUCAAACAGUGGGGUACUUUGUUAAGAUUCAGCAAGGGAAGGAGACAAGGAACGUUGAGGCAUCUGUCCCUGCUUUCUGUCCACAUUUGCUGCAGUUUCCUGACCUGCUGUUUGGGUGGAGAAAGGUGAAGAGCUGUAGUUUUACACAGAGCAAGGUGUAGCCUACAAAUCUAUCAGUGUGAUUAUAACUGAAUUGUAGAGUUGGUGUCAUUGUUCUACAACUUGUUUCUCACUUUCAUCACUGACUGAAGAGUUUUUUGAUUCUCCUGCUGGACCGAUGGUAAUGAAUGAGUGUGUUCUGCAGUGCUUCACUCUGUGGUGAACUCUGAACUCUGGCCGACAUACAACUCAUCACCCACUCUGACUCCUCUGCCACUUUUUCAGCCCUGUUUCACUGACUCUCCUACAGCUGGCAAACACAGGAUGAUCUUUCUCAGAAACAUGACGCAAGCUGGUCAAAUGCUGGCAAUAUACUGAGAGAUGUUUUCUACUGUAUGUCCAUAAAUACACAGAUUUUGUUCUUGUCCACCAUCAUCUUUAAAAAAAAAGCUGUUUCUACCUUCUUUCAUCUUGCAAAUGUUGCUUGUGAAACAUCUUGAUUUUGUUGCAAAUCACUGAAACAAGACUGAUUUCAGAGCUGAUUUUUCUGGGUUUAUUCUAUAAAUUUACUCAAAGGGGGGAAAAAACAUGUAUUUAUUAAUAUUUUUUAUUAUAUCUGUGAGAAUCCCACAUAUUUCCUUAAACUGCUUCAUAAAAUUUUGUGACUGUAAAUUCUGUAAUUAGUAAUAUAAAUAUUAGGUAGCCCCCGUUUAUUUCUCUCACGUUGCUUUACAGAUUUAUUUCAUUGCCGAGCAUCUGUCUCACAGACCAACACGUCCAUGAAAACUAUGAAUCGACAGACGCUCUAGUGAAUGAGAAGUUAUAGCACUACUCUGAAUAUUCUAAUAAAUCUACAUUAUGGAAACACUACCUGAUGUGUUUAAUGAUCUGGUUUCGUGUGUGAC